UCACUUUCACGCUGCACUUCUUCUCCUUUGCUUCUAAAUCGCCAAAUCAAUCGUGAAAACCCUCAUCCUACUGGACUGCGACUUCUCUCUUUUGCUAUAUUUGGGAGGUUAGGGUUCCGCGACUCAUCUAGAAGCGAUUGAUGCUGAAAUUGCGGCCAUUCUCGAUGAGGCUCGAACAUCAUACGCCACCCACAACCGAAAGCUCAUGUCACUCAUCCGAGCCAAAUCCUCUUCUUCGGUCUUCUUUUCCGCCUUCUCCAGAACCCUAACUCCUCUCAUUGAUUUCCAGAGGUGCCUUGCCUCUGUUGAACGCGUCGUCUCCUUCGUCUAUGCCCUUGCUGCCUCCGCCUCCGACGAGUUCCUCGAUUGCUUCCUCAAGUUCCUCCUAGCUGCCGCUACGACAUCCAACAAAACAGCCAGAUUCCGAGCGUGCCAGAUCGUCUUCGAGAUAAUAUUGCCGCUUCUAGAUGACGCAGAAGUGAGCAAUGAGAUAUGUGAUUAGGUGAUUGAGUGGAUGAUGGUGAGGGUACGCGACAAGAUCCCUGUGGUGCGUAGUUUUCCCCUCAUGUCAUUAGUUAAUGAAUGUGCCAAAUGCCAUGGACUAAAAAUUGGGAAGGCAGUUGAUGAUGAUGAUGAUGUGGGGAACUACUUUGUGCUUGCAAUGGUGUUUCCUGCUAGUAAGGUUUCGAAGGAUGGAGUACGCCUGUCUUCAAACCUUUAUUUUCUACGGAAACAUAUCCUACUUCAUAUAUCACAAAUCGAACUGCAACAUAGAUUCUACGGAAAAUCAAUACCAUUUGGGGGAAACAGGAAGGUUGCAUACGCAAAUGCUACCACACUGGGGUAUUUGAGCUCCACACAGGCAUUAGCCGAUUAUGCCACUCUCAUCAUUGAUUUGAAGAAGAAUUUGUCAGCAACUGAUUCUCCCGUUGUGGUGUUUGGAGGAUCCUAUGGAGGAAUGUUGGCAGCUUGGUUCAGGAUGAAGUAUCCACACGUUGCAAUUGGAGCUCUGGCAUCCUCUGCUUCCAUUCUCCAAUUCAUGGAUUUGGUUUCACCAGAUAUCUUCAACAGCAUCAUCUCGCAAGAUUUCAGAAGCGAGAGUGAGAAUUGUUACAAAGUGUUAAAAGGGUCAUGGAAACUAAUAGAGCACACGACCAACAAACCCGGGGGACUGGAACUGUUACAGAAAUCAUUCAGAAUUUGCAAAAGCAAUGAUUUUGGGGCAGGUUCUCUGGAAGGAUGGCUUAGGACGGCGUGGGUUUAUACAGCUAUGACAGAUUAUCCCACACCAUCCAAUUUCCUCAAUCCCUUGCCAGCAUAUCCCAUAAAAAAGAUGACAAUUGAUGAGGUGAAGCACACUGCACAACAACAAAUGAACAGAGCAUUAAAGGAUCAUGCCAGGUUAUAUUCUCUGUCUUGCUCUAUUAUGUAUGUGAGCCACAGGAUCAAAUCAAGGUAGCAAUAAUUUGACUUUGAGAGGGUGGCCACUCAUUAUAUUUGAUGACACAUUUCCAAUGGAGCAACAUGUCAUAAAGGAUGUUCGGGAGCAGUGGACUGCAUUUUUUUAACCAUUUGUAAAUGAUUAGAUGUUUCAAUAUUACAUUUUGAAUUUACGAACUAUUUUAUGUGUAACUAUAUUAAGUAAAUAUGUUAGGUAAAUAUAUUUAGGAACUUUGUUAGGUAAAUAUUACCAUUUGAUGU